AGGAACUCGUCAAAAUGGCAACCUGGAAUGGGGAGAAUCAACCACUUCUGGAGCCUGGGAGUGAUCCCACGAAUCAAGACACAUAUGGAACACCUAUCAGAUCACAUCCUAUAUUUGAGACAAUUAAAUCUGGUAUGCUUAUACCAGUGCAGACAGUCGUGGAGCAGAUGGGGCUUGAUGUGCUGUCACUGAGGGACGAGAAAGGUCAUACGCCAGCCCACUGGGCCUGCUUAGGUGGCCAUGCUCCCGUACUGCGAUACCUUCUAGAACAGAAAGCACCUGUCAAUGAAACCAGCCAUAAUGACCUUGGUGCAAGGCCCAUUCAUUGGGCGUGUGUGAACGGACACAUAGCAAUAGUGGACAUACUGGUGCAGGCUGGUGUUAGCUUGGAUAUAACGGAUAAUAAAGGCUGCACGUGUCUCAUAGUUGCUGCACAGUAUGGCCAGACUAUGCUGGCUGGUUACCUGAUGGGCAAGGGGGCCAGGCUACAGAUGGUGGACCGGGAUGGCGACACUGCCUUGCACUGGGCUGCAUUUAAAGGUAAAUCCGAGCUAAUGCGGCUUCUGAUAUACUCUGGGUUUAACCCACGACAGAAAGACAACUUUGGACAAACACCUCUCCAUUUAGCAUGUAUCAAUGGAGAUAUCAACGGUGUCAAAGAACUCUGUGAACAGGAUGGCGUUGACAUAGCUCUUGCUGACAAAAACGGCAAGACGCCGCUAAUGUUGGCUACUGGCCGCAAACAUACCGCAGUAAUGGAUUAUCUGAAAGCUGAGCUCAAACAGAAAAACAGCUUUCUGCCAAAGAUUGAUUUCUGGUCCAUAGUGUUUGGUCCUCCUGGUAACAGCAAAGGUCCUCUGCUGUUUUUCUUUGUGAAUCUUUUGUGCUGGGGUUAUCCUAUGUAUAUCAUCAAGUGCCUGCCGUACACCUGGUAUGACCUGCAGAUGCUGCAUAUCGUCUUUUUCAUCACCAAUGCAGCCAUGUGGAUCUCGCUGUUCCAUGCCAGCACCACCGACCCUGGCUUCCUGCCCAGGAAUAUACCCGAGUAUGACAUGGCUAUUAAACAGGUUGCCCACUUUGAUGAAUGGAAGCAGGGAGAGAACCCAUUGAGCCGGUUGUGUCACACGUGCAGGACGGUGAAACCUCUCCGCUCAAAACACUGCAAAGUGUGCAACCGGUGCGUCAAAGUGUUUGAUCAUCACUGCCCCUAUAUCUACAACUGUGUGGGUGUGAAUAACAGAGUUUCGUUUGUAAUAUUUUCUUAUACGGUAAUGUUGAAUGGGGCGCUUGCCAUCUACAUGAGCCUGAUCACCAUCCAAGUGCUGCAAGAGAGCUGGAACAUUGUCUACAUCUUCUACAUGGGCGUUGCAGUGUUCUUUGAGGGAGUCUCCGCCUACAUCACCGCUCAAAUGGCUUACCUGGCCAUCACGAAUCUCACCACAAACGAGUCGAUCAACUACAAGCGAUACAAGCACAUGCAUGACAAGGAGGGGAAGUUUAGGAACCCAUUCAACUGUGGCUGGCGGAUCAACCUGCUUGAGUUCUUCCACAUUGUCCCCCUGAAUAGAGAUCUGUUAGACAAAGAUGAUGAUAAUGAGACAAUUGUUUCCACGCUAGUUACAACCUUACAGUCAAUGAGAGAAUCAAUCAUCAGCGAUAUAGCUACCUUAAAGAUGGAAAGGGACAGUUCUAUAACCCCUUCCACCGGGGUCUACUCAAGAAUCUAAAGGAGUUCCUGCACAUCAUACGGCCGCAGGAGGAGAGAGAUGUGGAACUAUUGUCAGUGAGAACUGUGUGACCCGUCCUAUACACGUAUUUAGUUUGCGUGUAUACAAAUAUUUAUUGACCUGCAAGGUCAGUAUUGGUAAAACUAUACCGCGGUAUAUAGCCUUGCUGUUCUUUUGGUUGUUAUGCCCCCUGUAGGAUGGCAUAUAGCAGUUGAACUGUCCGUCAGUCUGUGCGUCCGUCUGAAAACUUUAACGUUGCCCAUAACAUUUGUACUAUUGAAGAUAGUAACUUGAUAUUUGGCCUGCAUGUGUAUCUCAUGGAGCUGCACAUUUUGAGUGGUUAAACGUCAUGGUCAUCCUUCAAGGUCAAAGGUCAAGUAUAUGGCUUCAAAGCGGGGCAAUAGGGGGCAUUACACAUCUCUUGUUUUAAAUUGAUUAUUCAACCCUUGUGAGUCAUCUGUUAGUACGCUAAAUAAUGGUAAUGUUUAGCAAUGGACAUUUUACUGUUUAGUAUUUUUGUAAACAGUUUAAUACUUUUUGUUUGUUCACCUUGAAAAAAAACGUGUUUUGAACAGUGUUUUAGCAGACCUGAUCUGAUCAUAUUUAUGCCCCCCUUCGAAGAAGAGGGCGUAUAUUGUUUUGCACAUGUCGGUAGGUCGGUCCACCAGAUGGUUUCCGGAUGAUAACUCAAGAACACUUACGCCUAGGAUCAUGAAACUAAAUAGGUACAUUGAUCAUGACUGGCAGAUGACCCCUAUUGAUUUUGAGGUCACUAGGUCAAAGGUCAAGGUCACAGUGACUCGUUCUUGGAUACAGUUUAGGACCACAUUUGCAGAUUAUAUUAUGUACUGUUGUGGUGGGGUCUCCGUCCGUCCACCAGAUGGUUUCUGGAUGAUAACUCAAGAACGCUUACGCCUAGGAUCAUGAAACUUCAUAAGUACAUUGAUCAUGACUGGCAGAUGACCCCUAAUGAUUUUCAGGUCACUAGGUCAUAAGUCAAGGUAACAGUGACAAAAAACGUAUUCACACAAUGGCUGCCACUACAACUGACAGCCCAUAUGGGGGGGCAUGCAUGUUUUACAAACAGCCCUUGUUCAUGCUUUGCUUUGUGAAUUUGCUUUGUGAAUUUGCUUUCAUAAAAUUUUAUAAGGAGUUUUGCAGUCUACUUACUGGCAUAUAGAAGUUGUGUUGUCAGUCGGUCUGGCAUUCUGUUUUCCUGAGGUUUUUAUCGCAAUGCUUUCAGAUAUUGAGCUGAUUUUUGGUAUGUGAGUCUAACUACAUGACUUUCAGAUUAAGUGUGAGUUUCCUUUAAGUCCAUUAGUUUUUGGCCAAGUUAUGGGCCAAUACUUUACAAUUUUCUCUAAAAUAGCUGCUGUGCCACUUCAAAGGGCAGUAGGGGGCAUUAUGUUUCCCAAGCACUGGCUUGUUACAUAACAAAUACAAAUAAACCUUUUAAAGCUCCAAAAGUUAAAUAUUAAUGUAAGUGCAUGCAACAAAUUUUAUUCCUUUUUUUUUUACCUCUUCAGUCCAAAAUCAGUCUGUGAUUUCUUUCGAAUUGUGAAAACUUCAAUAAUGUAUUCAGACUUGUAGUAAUUUAUUCCCAAAAAUGUGAAAUGCUUCCAUGUGUAUGCACAUUUUCAAACAGGUAACUUAAACAAAAUUAUCAUUUUUAUAUGAGUAUUUGUUUAUUGUUUUAUAAAAAUAUAUUUCUGUCCAUAUGAUGUACCGGUACUUUCAUUGUUAAAUUAUCAUUUGUGGUCAUGUUGACAUUUUUAUCAUAUUUAUAUAUUUACAUUGUUUAUUUCUUUUUUGGUAUUAUUGCAGUUGUCAACCAUUUCAUGGUUAAUUUACUUGAUAUACCACAAUGUGUUGAUGGACAUUAAUGUUCAAUAUAUUUUAAUGUAAACAUUGUGCUUGAAAAUGUGUGUUUUAUUGAUGUUUCAUGUACAUGGCUAUUUGAACAUAAAACUUUUCCAACAAUAAUUUUAAACAUGGUCAUUUCGAAAUAGCUUACAUGUUCUACACAUAUUAUGAUUUCAGAACUUUAUUCAGUCAACUUCCUAGUUACAAUAACAAGUACAUGUUUAAAAUCAUAUUCAUUAGUAUACAGGUCUAAAGCUUUAUAAUUGGCAUAAUGUUUUGAUAAAGUAAAAUAUAAAGAAUUUCUUCUUAAGCUAGGUUUUUAAAUGAAAGUUAAAUUUGGAACAUGUGUAGAUUUAUAUUUUUGCCGGGUCUUCAUUUAUACUAGCAGUCAAGUGUUACAGUUGUAACUUGCAAUAUAUAAACAUGUGUAAACCUUUUUAGUGUUUUGUAUUUUGACAGAGCUAAUCUAUCACUAUGUACAUUAAUAAAUAAUAUUAUUUGUUGAUCAAAGUAUUAUUCAAUCAAAUUUAUUUUAUAACUUUAUUUGCAUGUGCAGUUACUGAUAUUGAUUUUUAAGCAAUAUUUCAUUAAUUUUGUUAACAGUGAGUAUUAUCGCAAUCAGUAUGGUAUGUAAUGCUGUCAGUGUACUUGUACUUGUUAAGUGGAAGUACCAGGCCUGCUUUAACCAACCCAUUCAUAGACUAAAGAAUGAAGAAUAAACGCUAACUAAAUAAUGAAAAACUGUUCAGUUUUCACAUAUGAAAGAUUACAAUGUUAUAUUUGCCAAAAAUGAUUUAUCAAAAUAGAGGAUGUUGUAAUGUUAAUUGGGAAUGUCAUAAAUUAAAUGGUUAUUAAUUUAAAUUCAGCAUUCUUUGAACAAAACAGCUGCAAGAAAAUUCAAUAAUACCUGUAUUUAGUAUUUUUUUAUUUGUUGGUUAAUGUUGACUCUGGUGAGUGGGGAAUAGGUUUUACAGUCACUUUAUUCCAAUAUGUAGAUUUAUGUUCUACUUGUUGGUACUGGAGUUAUUUGUGAUACUGCUUUGCAACUUUGACUGAAGCUGUCGUAGAAUUCAUGUUUAUCAUGGAAACAUAAAUGAAUUUACCUUAUUAUUCAAACUUGAAAAAAAAUGUGAAGGUCAUGUAUGUCAAAAUGUAUAUAUCCAUUUAUUUGCCAAACGGGUCAGCUAUUUGUUAUUGCUUUCAUUUAGUGUAUCUAUAUGCAUACUUUUAUAUGCAACUGAUCCACUGGGGUACUUACUAUAAGUUACAAUGUGACAUAUUUGUGCUUGUCCCCACUGAUUUGAACAUCUUUUCCAUGACUUAAAAAUGAUUUUUUUUAGUUAAAUGCACCAUUCCACUUAAAAGACAUGUUAGAGAUAACAAACACGAAUUUCAUAUAGUUAUCUGAUAAAUUUUUUAUUUAUUUUUUCAAAAUAUUUUUUUUAAGCUUACAGACUUGUUAUAAACUCUACUGGUUUAAAGUUCAUAAGAGUUACUAAAUAUUACAGCUAGUCUACUUUCUUUAAUAUGAACUUGCUGGCUGUUAAUUAUCAGUGGGUUGUUCAUCGGUCUGUUUUUUUCUCGUGGCAUUUUUUGCUGUGUAGACAGUUUUUGUCACCUAUUUUGUCUUAGCAUCACCAAGCUAUAACAGAAUGUUUCUUAUAAAAGGAUGUCUUGCAUUUCUGUUUCCAUCUAGUGUCAAUACUCAUCAUCAUUAAUAUACCGCUGUGCUAUGGCAAAUUGCUUUCUAUAGGAACUUGAUUUGUAGCCAGUUUCAUCAUUAAAUGUAGUCUUGUCUGUCGAGGACACUGACUGAUGAACAAAAUCUCUAGUUCCUCGGACAAGGACAAACAGCUUAAUUUUGGUUUUCUCUAAUACACUUGCCAAAAACUGCCAAAAAUAAAGUCAUUUGGCUUGAAAUUUCUUCUAUAACUUAGACUUUUACAGGUAAGUAUUUGUUGCAUAAUAAUAAGGUCUUUGUGUUCAAUGGUGCAUUUUUUUCCCAAGUUACAAUAAUGAGUGUCUGUGAACAAACGUAACUCUUGUGUAACCUAUAAUAUACAGUAAGCCAUUCCUUUGACGCAAUUUUGUGUGAGUGGAAUUCAAAUCAACAAAUACUAUUGUAUGCAGUUGUAAACGUUAAACAUUCAAAUUUGAGAGAAUGUGUGUAUGUAUUUCACUUGUGUGGAAGGAUGUUUAAUGCUAUUUGUAAUCAUAACUUUUUAUUACAAGUUUUUCCCAUAUAUUCGCUUUUGUAUGAAAACAUGUCUAUGAUGUUUUUGCAAUAAAACUAUUGAAAUAAA